AUGGUCAUCCCAGAAGUCGACUUGACCGCUUUCCACGCCGUCGCUGUGCUGAAAGAGAUUCUGGGCCAGCUUGAGAAGUGUGACACUGAUAUACUCGGUGACAUACUAGCUACACUACUUAUAACGUUUACUACAGGCGACCAAGAUGCUGACCAAAUCAUACCGACAGCAGAGACCGUGUUUCCUCAAUGGAGGUCUCUGUCCCUAAAUCAUGAGCAUCUUCCGACUGGUUUGUCUCCGGCAAGUUGUCCGACGUGGAAUACGCCAAAUUGUUUUGGCUCGACACAAGCAUCGUAUCUCACUGCAGAAGAUUUGUCAGCAUUAUCCUCAGAAGCAGGCUACUCAUCGCCUCAAGCACAAGCAGAUGCGCUUACACAAUACUAUGAGCACUCUUUUGCAACUCAUGAUGCAGCAUGUUCUGAAUUCGUGGGAGAUGCGUCCGUUGCCCCCACCAUGACAGAUGCAAGCGAUGAUUCAGCGCUGCAGUCUACAAGGAUCGAUGAAGAGCAUUCCCGCGUGAAAUUGCUCUAUCUAAAGCUGAGCCAGGGUCAUAUCAGCAGCCUGAACAAUGUACCUAAUGCCGCCUAUCUGAGCUCUAUAUCACCUCAAACGAUAACGAUCAACCUAGUCUUAGCCAUUAUUUCAAUAUCCCAGCCGCGAGUCAUCAAGACCAGGAAGUGGCAACGGACUGUCGAACUUGUUGAAUUAUUAGUUGGGGAUGAAACGAGUGCUGGAUUUGGGAUCAACAUUUGGCUGGACCCUAGAGAGUCACAGGACAACUUGGGCCCUGUAAACGCGGGUGAUGCUACUCUCAGAGUACAGACUCAAUCGUUGCGACCGAGAGACAUCGUACUUGCCAGGAAUGUCGCUUUGGGUUCCUUCAGAGGUAAAGUCUAUGGUCAGAGCUUGAGAAGAGGGGUGACAAUGGUUGAUCUCCUCUGUCGUGAUGUGAUGGACACCGGUGAUACCGGGGCUCUCAUCCUUGUUGGGGGCUACGGUACCCGUCUACGCCCUUUGACUCUCACACUACCUAAACCUCUUGUCGAGUUCGCCAAUCGACCGAUGAUCGAGCAUCAAGUCGAGAACCUCGCGGCCGCGGGGGUCACAGUUAUUGUGCUGGCAGUCAAUUACCGUCCAGAAGUCAUGGCAAGCGCCUUGAAGAAAUAUGAAGAGAAAUACGAUGUAAAAAUAGAAUUUUCAAUCGAACAAGAGCCCCUCGGCACAGCAGGUCCCCUCAAGCUCGCCGAGAAGACCCUAGGCAAAGACGACUCCCCGUUCUUCGUCCUCAACUCCGAUAUCACCUGCGACUACCCCUUCAAAGAAUUGGCCGCAUUCCACAAAGAACAUGGCGAGGAGGGUACGAUUGUCGUGACCAAAGUCGAAGAGCCCAGUAAAUAUGGCGUCGUCGUCCACAAACCCGAUCAUCCAUCCCGCAUAGACCGCUUCGUCGAAAAACCCGUAGAAUUCGUUGGCAACAGGAUCAAUGCUGGUAUUUAUAUACUCAACCCCUCAGUCUUGAGAAGGAUAGAGCUGCGACCCACAUCGAUCGAGCAGGAAACGUUUCCGGCGAUUUGUAAUGACGGCCAACUGCACUCUUUCGACCUCGACGGCUUUUGGAUGGAUGUUGGACAGCCAAAGGACUUUCUCUCAGGAACUUGCCUCUAUCUGUCAUCGCUUACCAAGAAAGGAUCUAAGAAGCUGUGCUCACCGAAGGAAUCAUACGUAUAUGGCGGCAAUGUAAUGGUUGACCCUUCCGCCAGAAUUGGAAAGAAUUGCCGUAUUGGCCCUAAUGUGACGGUCGGCCCAAAUGUAGUCAUUGGUGAUGGUGUGAGAAUACAACGAAGUGUGCUGCUAGAGAGGAGCAAGAUCAAAGACCAUGCUUGGGUCAAGUCGACCAUUGUGGGAUGGAACAGCUCUGUCGGCAAAUGGGCGCGUUUGGAGAAUGUAACUGUGCUCGGAGAUGAUGUUACGAUUGGUGAUGAAGUAUAUGUCAAUGGUGGUUCUGUGCUGCCUCAUAAGACCAUCAAGCAGAAUGUCGACUGUAAGUCACCCUUGACGCUACUAAAUUGUUCCCACUGA